AGAGGACAGCAUUGUUAUCCCGGAUUCAAUCUAACAGUCACGUGACCCAAGGUGCGGCCACCUUUCUUCUAUGCUGUCGUGUCGUCGGCUGAUAUUUGCCUAAAACCUCUUAACUCACACAAAAAGGAAAGCUGUAGUUCUAUAUCUCAACUUUAAUUCAAAACAGAAGUAUAACAGUAUAGCAGCUCUUAGAUCUACCAAGUUCAACAAUGGCUGAAAGUGCUUUGAAGUUUGGACCUGAAUGGUUGAGAAACCUAUCUCAUGGAAAUAGCCUAACUUCUCCACCUCCAAUGCUUGGGGGACCUCCAAAAUACAAACUUUCUGAUUAUCGGUAUGGUAGAGAAGAGAUGUUAGCGCUGUUUGAAAAAAAUACCAAGCCACCAGAAGAGUUACAAGAUUUUCCGUCUCUCUUAAUUGAGAAAUGUCAGAUACCAUUGGCACUUGUUCCUAUGUUAGAAGAUGAACAGCGUCUUUGGGCACGAUCGGUAAAUAGUGAUGCAGUAUUAAGACUUAAUUCAAAAGGAGUGCUCUCGGAACGAGGCAAUGGGGCACCGCCAGUGCGGGGUGGCCGAGGAGGAUCAGUGGAUCGAGGAAGAGGCAGAGGACGUGGUGGUUAUUAUCAGAGAGGGAUAGAGUAUGAAGAUGGCAUUGAUGCUCCUCCUGGUGGCUUUUCACGUACUCGUCACUUUGAAAGAAGUCAAAGCAUUGGUGAAAAAGAACAGAGGUGGAAUGAAAGGGACAGAAGACUGGACAGAAUUCCAGGAAGGGGAGGUAGUAUUGAUGAUGCAUCUAACAUUCCGAGAAAAGAUGGAGCAAGGUUGGACAACUGGAGAGCAGGGCCUCGAGAUUUAGAAAGGGGAGAUGAGGAUGGUUCAUGGCGGACAGCUGGAUCUCGAGGCCUUGAUAAAUGGGGGAGAGGUUCAUCUAAACAUCAUGCAGACAGAGAUAGAGAUUCAUUACAUGAAACAGAGCCAGGUUUUAUUCGCAAUGGUCCAACGAAGCCCCCUUUUUCUCAUAGAAGAUCAGCUCCUGUUGAAUCAUGGGAUGAUGAAUUGGUUGGUGGUGACCAGUUACCGGAAUGGAGUGUAACAGAUCCCGAAAAAGUUGGAACUUUUGAUUCUUCAGGUGCCUUCAGAGAGAAUAAGGAUUGGGGUAGUCCUUCAGGUGACGAGUCAGAAGGGGAAAACCAUAAAAAUAACUUACAAAUUUCUAAACCAAAGCAAGACAUGCCCAAGUCAUCAGAAACCAAUAGCAAAGAAGUACCAAGACAUCCAUCACCCUCAUCACCUAGUGGGAAAAAUGUGGAAGGAAAACAUAAAGUAGAACCUAUGGUUCAGGAAAAUAAAGUCACAGAACAUUUUAAACCUAAAAGUGAUACUCCAUCUGUAAGUAACAAUAUAGAACGUGGACAUUCUCCUGAUGUCACAAAAACAAAGGUAUCAGAAUCCCCAGUUAUUGCUACAUGUAUUGGGAACAGUGUGAACUUAGUGAACUCGCAGUUGAGACUCCCUGCUGGCAUUACCCAUAAUGACCUUGGCAACAACUCUGUUCAAAAUAGUGUAAAGUUAGAAUCCUCACAGACUUUGAGAUCUCAGGAAGAAGAUGGAUUUGCCCAAUUAGAAAAAGCAGCAGAAAACUUAGUUGCUCAGUGGACUGCUGAGGAAGACGCAGUAGAUAAAACAGCAGUUUUUCCACCACACCAUGAAGAUGCUUACAAGUGGUUCUACAGAGAUCCACAGGGAAGAAUUCAAGGUCCUUUCACCUCUCCAGAAAUGCUAGAAUGGUUCAGAAUGGGCUACUUCAGUAUGGCUUUGAUGGUGAGACGAGGAUGUGAUGAAAGGUUUGCUCAGCUAGGUGAACUUAUCAAGAGUUGGAAUAGAAUUCCAUUUAGUUCCGGUCCUAAUCCACCUCCUCUCAGGGCUGGCCCACCCCUACCCACACCCUUAACCAUUCCGAUGACAACCCCUUUGCCUCAGGGUGGAGUCCACCCUCUCAUAACUCAACCUACAGACCAAGAACAAAAGUUGAGGCUGUUGCAGAGUCAAAUUCUUCAACAUCAGCUUCAACAGAGUGUGCUACAAAGAAUGCAAUUAGCUUUUAUGGGCACGUUUUUGAAUUUGCGUUUGCAUCUUUCACUAUUGCAAAAAUCAGUGGUUGAAGUUGGAGUUCUGGUUUUGUGUCUAGCAGUGGUUGAAGUUGGAAUUCUGGUUUUGUGUCUAGCAGUGGUUGAAGUUGGAGUUCUGGUUUUGUGUCUAGCAGUGGUUGAAGUUGGAAUUCUGGUUUUGUGUCUAGCAGUGGUUGAAGUUGGAGUUCUGGUUUUGUGUCUAGCAGUGGUUGAAGUUGGAAUUCUGGUUUUGUGUCUAGCAGUUGAAGUUGGAGUUCUGGUUUUGUGUCUAGCAGUAGUUGAAGUUGGAGUUCUGGUUUUGUGUCUAAUAGUGCUUGAAGUUGGAGUUCUAGUGAUUGAUGUAGGGACACUACACGAAUGGAUCACUGAUGCAUUAGCUACUACUACAACUAAUAUGCUGGCCAACAAAUGGAUGGAAAUAAAAUUUGGAUUUGAUAUAUUUAGGGCCAAAAACUUAAAGAACUUUUUUCCACAUCUUGUACAGGAAAAAGAACAAAGAGAAGAAGAAGAGAGAAGAAAGCGGGAAGAAGAAGAAGAGAAACUGAAGAAGGAAGAAGAACUAAAAAGACAGAGAGAACAAGAAGAGGAGAGAAGGAGACAAGAAGAACUAAGAAUAAAGGCUGAAGAAGAAAGGCGCCAAGAGGAAUUGCGUAGACAAGAAGAAUUGAGAAGAAAACAAGAAGAGGAAGAAAGAAUAAGACUAGAAGAGCAAAGAAGGUUGGAGGAACAGAGGAGGUUGGAAGAACAAAGAAGGCAAGAAGAGAUCCAGCGGAGAUUAGAGGAGCAGAGAAUGCAAGAAGAACUCCAACGGAGGCAGGAAGAACAACGGCAGCUCGAGGAGUUACAAAGGCAGCAAGAACAGAAGAGACUAGAAGAAGAACGGCUUGCAAGAGAGGAGGAAAGAAGAAAACAAGAAGAAAAGGAGAGACGAAAAAGAGAGGAGGAAGAACGUAAAAAGAGGGCAGAAGAAGAAGAGAGGAGGCAGAGAGAAUUAGAACAUCAGCGACAAUUGGAAGAGCAGAGGGAGCUUGAACAGAGGGAGAUAGAAAAGCAACGUGAACUUCAGCGACAGCUUCAACAACAAGAGGCUCUUCGUAAACUCCAAGAACAGCAGAAAGCAAAAGCUCAAGUACCUGCAUGGGGUGGACAAAAACCAGUUGUUCACUCAAAUCUCUCUUUGGUGGAAAUCCAAAAACUUCAACAAGAGAAAGAACAAGAGGAAAGAGAAGAGCGUCAGCGUCAACAGCAGCUUUUACAACAACAGCUGCAAACAUUACAACAGGUACAGCAACAAAACAAGACUUCCCUCACAUGGGCACAAAGGCCCAACAGUGCAGGAGGGAAGGUAAAAUCACUUGCUGAAAUUCAGCUAGAAGAAGCAGAGCUUGCCAGAAAGCAGGAACAAAAACAACAGAAUCACCAACCAACAAGUGUCCAGAAUCUGACCUCAGGGGUUUGGAGUAAUGCUGCUACAAGUCUUAGUUGGGGUUCCAUUUCACCCCCUUCCAACAGUAAUCCUUGGGGUGGGAGGGAGAACUCUUUAGUUGUUAGUGCUACGGGAGGUUUCUGGGAUGAUGCAGUCAGUAUCAGUAACUCCAAGAAGUCUACAAAAUCCAGUGAGAGUGCCUUUCCAGUCCUUGGAAAUAAGAAUUCUACACCAGCUGCUACUAGUAUGUCCAAUAAGAUGAAAGCCAUGCGUGCCAAGAAAGAAGAGGACAACUUGAAGAAAUUAUUUGAAACGCACACUAAAAAGCAGACUGAUGAAUUUACUAGAUGGUGUAAUGAUGCCUUGACCAGCCUUCCCUCCUCUGUUGAUAUUCCUACUUUCAUUGCAUUUUUAAAAGAAGUUGAAUCUCCUUAUGAAAUACAUGAUUAUGUGAGAUCCUAUCUAGGAGAAAGUAAAGAAUCAACUGAAUUUGCCAAAGAGUUUUUGGAGCGGCGAAGUAAAUAUCGUAAUCAGUCCAAGCAAGCUCCAGCUGAGGCUAACAUGUGGGGUCCAGCUCCAGCAAUAACACCUAUUGUCAACAAAUCUGUUAUACAACAACAAGAACUAGAUGGUGGCACAGGUGGUGGGAAAGGAAAAAAGAAGAAAAAGAAUAGGAUGCAAAAGCUCGACAACUCACUGCUUGGUUUCACUGUCCAAGCAGAUCCUAAACGGACCAAUGUUGGUGAAAUAGACAUGCCACCUGUCCUUUGAUUUGAAAAGAUGACACUACAGAUAAUUGUUAUACCAUCAGCCGAAUCCACCUUCAAGGGAUUGAAUGUGUUUCUGGGUUCUUAAGUAAUUUGGAACUACUAGUCUUUCUUUGGUCAUCAGCAGGAAGGACUGUUAAUAAUAAAAGUUUUGGUCUUUUAAAAAAAAAUGACUUGAUUUUCAACUACUACUUACUGUAAAAAAUAACUCUUGAUUGUUCAUUUAGAAAUUGUCUGGUUGAAAAUAAAAAAACAAUUAAAUUUUUUUCUAUAUAUAUAAAUUAAUUCCUUAGAAUAUACUAGUUCUUUUAACAUUCUAGUGUAUGAAUUUCAAAUGCAGCCACUACACAAUUUGGAAGUGUUUGUUCAAGUAUUUUUUUCCUUACCAGCAGCUAGUAAGGAAGUACUUUUGUUUUUACUUUUUCUUUAAUUGCUUUGACAGAAGUACUUAAUUUUUCAAGUCAGUAUGUAUUGUUAUACAGUUAAAGUAAAAAAAUUAGAAAUAAAUUAAUUUAAGUUAUUUCCAUUCAUCUCCCUAACUGUAACCACAACAGUCUUAAUAAAAAAAAAAGUAACAGGUUGAUAUGGGAAAUAAAAGUUCUAUCUAUCCAGAUCACAAAGAAUAUGACAUUGUGAUACUUUUUACACCCUUAAAGGCAAUUAAGUGAGCAAUAAGUGUCAGUUGACAGGACUUAUAAAAUGUGUGCAAAAAUAAUUAUGAUGCAAUUUAAGGUAUGAUGGUUUCACCAUUUCCAAAAAACUUGCUGAUUCUUGUAAGUAUUUGUUAAGAAUUUCUUAUAUGAUGGGAAAUCAAUUCUCUGUAGACAGUGUAAAUAAAUUUUGAAAGUGCAUUGUUAA